AUGUAUAAGGGUGACAAGUCGUCCAUGCUUGAGGUUUUGUUGGAUUAUUUGGAACAGUGUAUUCACGGCGGAAUGGAUGAUGGUGGUCCCCCAGACGGCGGUCGGUGGUCGGGUGGCGAGGUUUUCAACCUGACAGACCGCAACAAGCACUUGAGCACGGGAGACCAGCAAGAUGCGGCGGAAUUUACGGGCCACAUUUUGGAUGAGUUGAUGGAGCUCAAGGAGUUCACAUUUGAGUCUAAUGAUUCUUUUAGUCGCAUUGGAAAGUCCGGCAAAGGCAUCAAGACAAUGUCUGCCAGUAAUGGACCAGGUAAAGGGGCCGCCGGUAAAGGGGCCGCCGGCAAGACCACGGUUAACAUGUUCCGAACUUUAUUCCAGGGACGGAUCAUAUCGGCAUUGCCAAACAACAAGACGUACAGCGAGCCAUUUAACAUCCUUAUGUUAUAUAUGAACGGAAAUAAAGACAGCCUGGAGGAACUGAUCGAAAACACGCUAGAAACGAAUAAUUCCAAAAUCGAUGUCUUACCACCUGUACUCCUAAUACAGCUACAGAGGACCGUUUACGACCCCCAUACAUUUUGCAUUAGCAAAAAUACCGCACCCAUAGUUCUCCCACAACUCCUCACUAUUAACCAAGAAUGGCUAACUGACGCCUGCAUGGCUCACUGGGACGUGGAACUAUUAGAACGGCACUCAUAUGCCCUCAAGGGACUUGUGUGCCAUUAUGGCAACUUCAACGAUGGCCACUACACUGCCUACGCCAAACGCGGAGCGGACUGGUUCGCCUGCGAUGACAUGAUCAUUUCGCCCCAGGUCACCUCCAAGGAGCAAUAUGACUGGCAACACAACUCCUGUCUACUGCUGUACGAACAACAGUUUGUCCGACCUGUCAACCCCAUCACAAGCAUCGCAACCUCACAGCCCCUCCCCUACAUCUUCAGAACCUAG